UAUUUAUAUUUGUCCAAGAAGCUUGUGUAUCUAAAGAAACUUCUGUAUUAAACAGCAGUAGAUGAAUUAAACACAAUGCAAAAGAUUCAAAGAGAAUACUGGGGCGAAAUAGAGGAGGAGAGCAAUGCGCUUACGCCGGACAACUAUGUGUCCACUUACGCCAAGAAGCGAAAACUCGAUGAGAUACGGCAACAAGGAGAUCCGAUGCCUAUGGAUAAGCACGACAAAAUGGAACUGAAGAGCUCCCUGGUCACGCAAACCAUCGAAGUGAUGAAACAAACUGAAGUGCUUCAAUCCCUAAUCGAUACCUACUCCAACACAAAUGGAUCCUCGAACUACCUUUUGAAUCCGUGCCAAAUGAUACCUGAGGUGGACUUUCCGCCGGAGAAUGCCGCCGAUUUGGUCAGCGAGCAAAAGUUUCAGAAACCUAUAUGGUUCAUACCAACAGUGGACACGGCAUAUUCCCGCGGCGAUCCCCAAUCCUAUCCCGAGUUAUCCAGCAACAUGUGCCGGCAUGCGAUGCGAAAAGCCAUGUGCGGCCUACUGCGACUGGCUGGAUUCACCGACUGCUCUGAGGCCGCCGUUAUCCUACUGACUGAUGCGGCUGAAUCAUUUUUGCGCAGCCUUAUCGCAAAAUAUCGCAGCUUUUAUGAUAUGGAUAGCAAGCUAAAAAAGAUGACAACGUUGCAACUUGUGCCACUCGAGCAGGCAUACGUCAGCAAGACGGGCACAUCCCUGACGCAGGUGCACAACUACUACAAGCACAAGGUUAUAGCGCGCAAUCGCACCGAAAUCGCCGAAUUCGACAGUGUACUGCAGGAGUACGAUAAGCUGAUGAAGGAGAGCCAGAGCAGCAUGCAGAAGCAGCAACUGGAGGAACAGGAACAGCAACAACAACACGAAUUCAAUCGUCACGAAUUCCUCAACAUACUCGAGAUGCAGCAGGGCGAUGAUAACAAUAGCAGCAGUGCCGCCGGCAGCAAUAGCAUGAGCAACAUUGUUGGCGACAUGCUGCAAGAACUGCAGGGCGGCAGCACAGAUGCUGGAGGCAUAUCCCUCAGCAACGUGGCCAAUAGCCAGCAGCAAGUGCUGUACGGCCUGCUCGAUGGCCAAACGGGCAAUACCAGCUCCAAUUUGGCCACUUCGUCGACCAACUACCAGAAUAAUUUAGAUACUUAAGUUAUUCUAUUGUCUCAGUUUAAAUUACAAAUCAACUACACUUGGUCAAUGGUCAAAAGCUUCAAUCUCGUUUAGAGCAGACAUGUGGCCAAGUGGGCUCUAUAUUUACAUAACUUUAAUCAUAAUCUUACAAGUAUAGAAUAAAUAAAUAUUUGAGCU